AUGGAGGAAGAAGUCAUAGAAUGGCUUGCUGCCUCAGUACAUCGACUAGUUUCCUGGGGUGCUUCGACCGCCAUGAUCUUUGGAGGGGUCGUGCCUUAUAUCCCGCAAUACAGAGACAUUAGACGAACACAGAACGCUGAAGGAUUCUCCACUUAUGUCUGUCUUAUGCUUUUGGUUGCAAAUAUUCUACGAAUACUCUUCUGGUAAGUGACUCUAGUGUCUAGUGCAGCAUAUGUGAAGAAUAUCUUGGCAUAAAAUUCUUCUACGUAGUGGCUUGUAAUACCAUUCUACUUGUGUGGAACAGGUACCUUACUGUUUAUAAUAACUGACUUACACACAACCUUAAUUUCUGCCAGGACCCAGCCCAAAACCAAAAAAGUGGAAUGGAAGAAACCUCAGCCAUUUAGGAAAUAGAAAUUUAGAGCCUGCUAAAUGGAAUUUAUAGAUGCUAGAUACGCUGUUUAAAUUCUCAACCAGCUUCCAUAUUUUGAUGCAGGUUAAAGUCCAGUACAAGUCCAUACAGAAUCAUUAUUUCACCUCUGUCCCACACAGUGCAAGGAGCAGGUGACAUCAUUGUAUCUCCACGGUGCCCCCUCACUCACUUGGCAGACAAUGUAGAGAUUUUAACCUCCGUUGGCUAUGAUGAAAGUUAUAGUAAUCAAAAAAAUGAAAUAAGUCAGAAAUAUGAAUGGGAGACAUGUGACCACAAUGCAGAUCUGUCUCCUAUUCAUAGUUAUUUAUAAUUAUGACUGACAUUUCAAUUUAUCAUCAGUAUUUUGCUGCUGAUUGCAUACAGCAUCGUGAAAUUUCCAUAAAUCUAUUAUAUAUAUUUUUUUUAAUUAUUUGAACCCAUGGAGAGUGGGGCAUGAGGCAAUAGUGGGGCAGUGGAAAUCUGCUUGUUAGGUCCAAUUUUUUAUUCAUAGGCCGGCAACAGACACUGACCAGCAUUUGUAGAAUGUAAUCACUACUAUUUGUAUUAGCAAACGCAAGCAAAAAUGACGGUAACUAUUAUGAAUGGAUGACAGAUGACCGUUAUACUCAUUGCCAAGACAUGUUUCCCAUUGAUAACUUGAUGGCCAUUCCAAUUUGCUAUUGGUACAAUAAUUAUAUUGGCAGGACACAUGGUGCACACUUUCCUUGAAAUAAAGUGCAAGGAAUUGAGAUUGUUGUUCAGGGGCUCUUUUAGCCACAAAAGGAGUAGAAAUCUGAAGAUUUCAUCCUUGCCAUUGAACACCAAAAACAUAAUGUUUCAAUCUUCCAUUUUGUAAUUUUGUGGAGAAUUUAGGUGAAGGUGAGAUGUAGUUAAUUCAUGCUUUUCUUUAACAUAUGUAUCUGUGUUGUUUUUGUCAGGUUUGGGCGCCAUUUUGAAUCACCACUUUUGUGGCAGAGUAUAAUUAUGAUUGUUACAAUGCUGCUUAUGUUGAAACUAUGUACAGAGGUUCGUGUGGCAAGUGAUAUAAACACAAAGCGACGGUCAUUCUCAGGUAUGUAAUGUUAAGAUGCUCUGUCACAGUAUUCCAUGUAAUCUUAUUUUACACUUUUCCACCUAAGUCCUUCCCAGUUUCCUAAGUGGUUCAUCAACCCUGAUGAUUGUACCCAUUCCACUGACGUGUAAUUUAAGAGCAGUUUAAUACAUGUGGGGGAAUUUAUUCAGUAGGCUCCAAAUUGUAAAACUUAGACUUAAAUUGCUAAUUUAGAAAAAUUCUCCAAACCUUUUAUAGUCACAGUUUGGCUAUUUUAGCCUAAAUUUAGCAAUUUACUUUUCCACUUGUGACUUGUUACAGUUCUGUGUUUAGUGUAUAGAUCCAAGACCAUAUUUGCAUAUUUAAAACCGGUUUCAAGGUGCUUAAUUGAGACAACACAUUGGAGAAACCUAUACAAAAAAUAAUUUAAAGAAUUGUAGAUAUGAAGAUUAACUCAGAAUUUCACUUAAUUUUCUAUAUAUUAUUGGGGUCUGCAACAGGCCAGGAAGUGACAGGUCUUCCCGUUGUUUUCAGUGAGAAAAUUGGGAAUAUCCUAUAAACACUCACUCUGGUAGCCUUUAUGACAUAUAUAGUUUACACUUACCUGCUGUCAGUAAUUUGAUAAACAUUAAAGGACCACUCUAGGCACCCAGACCACUUCAGCUUAAUGAAGUCGUCUGGGUGCCAGGUCCCUCUAGGAUUAACCCUUUUUUUUAUAAACAUAGAAGUAUCAGAGAAACUGCUAUGUUUAUAAAUGGGUUAAUCCAGCCUCCAAAGCAUCUAGUGGCUGUCUCAUUGACAGCUGCUAGAGAAGACUCCAGCGUCCAUAGGAAAGCAUUCUGAAUGCUUUCCUAUGAGACCGGCUGAAUGCGCGCGCAGCUCCUGCCGCGCAUGCGCAUUCAGCAGAAGAGGAGGAUCGGAGGCGGAGAGGAGGAGGAGGAGGAGAACUCCCCGCCCGGCGCUGGAAAAAAAGUAAGUUUAAUCCCUUUCCUCUCUCCAGAGCCCAGCGGGAGGGGGACCCUGAGGGUGGGGGCACCCUCAGGGCACUAUAGUGCCAGAAAAACUAGUGUUUUCCUGGCACUAUAGUGGUCCUUUAAUAAAACUACUCGCCAAGCUUACUGUGCAUGUCAAGUAUCGUCACUGAUAGAUUUUCAAUGAAUAACAUUGUUGUCUGGUCUGCGUGUAACGCAGCGCAAAUUUUGGGGGCAAAAAUCAGUUUAGUUUUAAUCGUUUUAGUUGUAUUUUAGUAAACUGCAUUGUUUUUGUUUUACCCGACUAAAUCUCCAGUAGAUAUUAGUCAACACGACUAAAAUCUAAUGGGUUUAGUUAAAGCCUCUGUCUCUUUUGCCCCUCUAGGUAUCUCUUUUCUAAGCCCUGGUCUGUCUCUUGUCCCUUCCACAGACCCUCUGUGCAGUGUUAAUUUUGAUGGCAAAUUUCCAUUAAGUUUUAGUCAAAGUCUCUUGAUUAAAAAGCCAUUUUAGUUUGUCGUAUUUUAGUCAUCUGAAUUAUUUUAAUUUUAGUCUAGUUUUGGUAGACUAAAAUCUGACUAAAUUUGUUAGUCGUUAACACUGGGGCAAUGACUACGUUUUACUCCCCAGGUUGUUCUAAUAACAUUUCCCAUGAUGCUUCACCAUCUUUAAUAUCUGAUGUGCCAGUGGUUAUCAUCAAGGUAUACUGUAUAUUCCAAAGUUGGUUCACAUGCAUGUAUGUUGCUGGCCACAUACAAGAUCUGUGUUUACUCUGCAGACAGGUUUAAAAAAAAUGUCAAGAUUACAGGAGAAAUGGCGUGUCAGAAAGGGAAAGAAUCAGGUUGUAAUCUUUGAUCGUAAAUAGAUUUUUAAUUGAAGAGAUAUGUAAUUAAUAUUACAUGCUGGAUGGAUAAAUAAUUAAUAAUACAUGUUUUUUUUAUUUUUUAUUAUGGAGUGGAAUGUAUUUUUCAGCACUGAACAACUUAAAGGAAUAAACACAAUGGAAAUUGCAAAUUGUUAUGUAGCAGCUUCCAAUAUACUUGUGUGUACUCUGAAGGAACUGAGACUUGUGUUUGUGACAGUCAUGUUUUACCUUACUACAGUAAUCUCUGUUAAAUUACUUACUAGGAUGAGACAUGCAAACAUUUUCAAUGAAGUUAGUCUGUUUAAAUAUCUUGAAUUGACAUUCAUUUUGUGCAGUUGUUUCAUAUUGACCUCUGGCAUGUUAAGACCCAUUUUUUGCUUCUAGCAUAUGAUCUCCAUUCAUUUUUGUGAAAUUUGUAUCUGUGUUUCUGUGUUUUUAUUAAUUUUUGCUGCUGCUGAAAAAUGGUGCAAAGUUCUAACAGUGAGGCAUUCACCACAGAAGCCGGUAGUAACCGUCUGUGAAUUUCGUUGGUAAUAAUUUGAAGUUAACAACUCUGCAGUUAAAGAGAUAUAAUCCAUUUUGUCUUUUUUUUAUUUUUUUUUAUUGCUCCUUUAGACGUUAAUGAUUCAAACAUUUUUGGGAAGGAGCAAUAUGUAA